AUGUCCACCGAGCCGGCCAUACGGACGGCUCAGGACGAUCUCGAGCCGCGCACCUCUAUCGACCAAACUCCCCGUGAGCCUCGCCCGAGACGGUCGCGUCGCAAGAAGGACGAGGGACAGGACGCUGGGCGAAAGGACACCCCCAAACCUACCAAGUCAAAAACUAAAGAAAAGGAGAAAGAAAAAGAACCAGAGACGGGGAGGCAGAACGACAAGGAAUUAGACAAAGAAAAUCAUAAGGAUAAGGAGAGCAGGGAUAAAGUGCAGGACCCGAAAGAGUCGAAACGCGGCAGUCGUCGCCAAAGGGACAAAUCGUCAUCCACGUCGGUCAAUCCUUCCAAUUCCUCUUCUACACACGCUCGAAAGAAGCCCAAGUUAGAAGCAACGCCUCCGGAUCAAAGUCCCAGUGUAUCGGCGGCUUCUGCAGUUGCAGCAGCUGCCACCCCAACGACAACCACGGUUACGACCGCUGCUCCUGCUCCUACUCCUAGCGCUGCCCCAGCUGCAGCUGCAGCUCCAGCUCCAGCUCCAGUACAAGUUCCAAACACCCCCGCUGCUAGCCCUCCAGCAUCGUCGGGCUCUAUUCACCUUCUCCAAUCUCACCUGCACCAGCAACAUCGUUCUCCAUUGCACCCGUCCCCCUCACUGCCACCCUCGUCUCAUCCCACGCCGCCGCCCGCGGCCCUUGGUCAUCAGCCAUCGACCAGCGGUCAGAAUUUCGACCCCAUUCGGUCCGCCUUCGAUACAGCUUCCCCGGCCCCAACACCGGGGCCAACAUCGACCUUCAGUCCUCCGGCGCGCCCUCUCUCUCCACGCCCACCAUUCCGCGCUAGCGCUUCACCUGCUAUAGCUAGCAUAAUUGACCCUCCCACAAGUACCUCGCCAUCCGUCUAUGCUCCCCGCCCAUAUGCUUCUCCGAACCAUGGCACAUCCAUAUACUCUCCUUCCCCUGCGGCUACACCGGUCAUCGCUCCGACGCCACAUCCGCCUCCUCAGCCGAUCUCGCCGUACGCCCAUCGAUCGCCGUAUCCAACCCCUUCACAAUUACAACCGUCGCACGAUUCGCAGUCCUCCGGUCAUUCUUCGUCUCAAGGUCCGCCGCCGCCGCCGCCGCCGCCACCACCACCACCAUGUCUAUCAGCAGCACCUGAGCCUCCAGCACCUACACCGUCUAAUAGCCAUCGCGCGCCUUCUCCCGGGCCUACCCCAAUGGAUGUAGAUACGGAUCAGCAUCCGGCCCCUAAAGCACCGAAAAGGGACGCCAAAGCCCCCCCCACAGCGCCUCCAUCGAAUGCUGCGUCACCGAAGCCCUCUCGUGCAACCAAGGAGCCCCCGCCUCCAUUGCCUCAAGGCUCAGGACUGAUCUCCAAUGCCUUGUUUGGCGUGGGCGACGCUGCGUCAACCAGCGAUUCUGAUUCUCGGCGGACGCCCAGUAUUAUAAUACACAUUCCACUGCAAGGGACUGGCAACAGGAUUGUCAACUUUGCGCGCUUGGCCGAGGAACAAUACGGCUUUGCCGCUUUACAUCCGCGCCUUGCAGCUCACAAGGAACGACUCGCCCGUGUCGCCGCAGCGGGUGCAGCACUAGAACGAAAUGAUAAAACCGGCCGGGGACUCUCAGCUGGGGAGAGUGCUGAUGAGGAUCUCAGUCUCGAAGUUGAACGUGACAGUGACUUAGAUGGAGACAGUGCGUUGGGCGGCGCGACAGCUCGCACGAACGGGCCCGAGGCUCCAGAUGGGAAAAAGAAGCGUCGCAAGAAGAAGAUGGAAGAGUAUGACCGAGACGAUCCGUUUGUCGACGAUAGCGAGCUAGCCUGGCAGGAACAGGCCGCGGCCAGCAAGGACGGCUUCUUCGUAUAUAGUGGCCCUCUGGUGCCUGAGGGCGAAAAGGUGCAAGUAGAACGGGCGGAUGGCACAAUAAAACGGGGCAGGGGCCGGGGUCGCGGCGGUCGCAGCCGAGGACCUCAGUCCGCUUCCCAUCAAGCGCCACUGGCAGCCGCCGUCCCCAUUUCCCAAGAAACAGGCCUCCCUGUACGAGGUCCCGGAUCCAGGGGCGGUAGUACUACUCGUCGUCCGCGUACAAAGCCCAAGGCGGAACAGGACAAACCCGGCGGCACAUCUUCCACCUCUCAGGGGCGAGGCGGCGGCACAGCUGGCCGGGGAGGCUCGGCAAGCGCUCGAGGAGGGAAGUCAACAUCGAUGGUGGAAUUGGCACCGCGCCCUAACUUGGCACCCACGCCUCCGGGACCAAGCCCGGUGGCAGGUUCUGAACUGGCAAUGAAAUAA